AGAUCCUACGAGGUCACGUAUUGAGCAUGCAGGAUGGCGCUAAUCUUCACAGUCAACCCACGUACGAAGCAUUGCUAAAAAUUACAUUUAAAUGUAGUUUCCUCAAGAUGUGUUCCGUGAUGUUCCCUUUGGGUUAUUGUGUAAAGACAGCAUGGUGAUGAAGAAUUCAAUGUAGCCAGCCACAUGGGUGUAGACCGGCAACGCCCCCGGCCCCCCAUUAAGCAUUUGGAAGAAAACAGAUGUUGCAAAUAACACUUAAACAAUAAAAGAGUGCAAGAAAAAAAGGAAAAGACUAUUUCAUGUUGUGGUCGUUGGUAAUGGGUUAUCAGCUGCUCUUUUCUGUACAAAUCUGACAGAUCCUCAGGUUACUGAUGUGUAACUAUGGGCAACAACCUCCAGAUGUGCCUCUGACAACUGUUCAUGCUUGGGGAGCACAUGGACAUCAGACAUAUCCCUCGAUCAGACAACUAACAGUGAACUCAACCGUUGAGGGCGCCAGAUCGAGAUGGCUUUUCCACACGAUCUCAGCGCCUUCAUGGCGGUCAUUUUGAUUCUUGGAGCAUCGCGCGUGUUACUGUCACUCGUCUAUCUGGAUGAACGGUUGCUCACCGUUGCGCAACAACCGUACACUGUACCCACCAAACCACCGUUGGUCAAAAGGCACGAGGUUGAAAGGCGCGUUGCCGCCCAAUCGGACCAAUCGGGAGAGGACAGUGGGCACGCCUUCAAGGACCUACUUCAGAAAUUCAAAGGCGACGAAGGUGUCGCUCUCCCGCCAAAAGAAACUGACAUGGAACUCGAGAUAGACGUGGACAAGUCUGCCGAAGUUCCAAACCACUUUGCAGAGGCGAAGAUUUCAGAAUUCAAAACGCGGUUGUCGAGGUUGAAAAGUACCAAGCUUCACGACGAACUGAAGUUUUGGACGGCGGGGUCCGGCAAAGCGUGCCCGAAUUUCGGACAGGAUUUGUACCUCUUGUCGAUCGUAAACACGGAACCUUUGAGGGAAAAGCAGCGCGACGCCAUACGCGCGACCUGGGGCGCGCUACGGUCUGCAGACGGUCGGAAUAUCAAGACCGUCUUUGUGGUUGGACACCAAACGUCCAAAGGAACAGCAGAAUCCCUGAGGAAGAGAAUUCAGGAGGAGGAUGCUAGGUACGGUGACGUCAUAGGUGCUGACAUCAUCGAGCCCAAGCGGCUCACGACUGCUUCAACCAUGAGGUUCCUUGCCGCUUUCAAGUGGGUCUUGCUAAACUGCCCUCUCGUGAAAUAUGUCUUCAUCGGACCAGACAAUCUCUUCGUGGACCACGUGAACAUGGUGAAAUACUUGAAACACCUGAAAGAUCCCAAAAAUCUUUACCUGGGGAGGGUGCGAAAGGACGGCAAACCCCAAAGAGACCGGGACAUGAAAGAUUUUGUCGAUUUUGAAGUCUAUAAGCCCGAGAGCUACCCCAAAUAUUGCGUCGGAGGCGCAGGUUUCGUGGUGUCGUCAAAUUUCCUUUUGAACGCGUAUCUCAAAAGCGUCGUCAUGGCUACCAAGGCCAAAGGUUUCUACCUUGGGGACGUGUAUCUCGGCAUGAUCGCCCUGCAUUUGAAAGUCUGGCCCAAGUACGAGCAUGCCUUCCUGAAACUUGGUGGAGACGCAGACUAUUGCGACCUCCGGGAAACUAUAACUCUAGGAGGUUUUGGGUCGGAAUCUCUGAUGAAAUCUGUCUGGAAGAAUCACAGCAUGGUCGUGCCUCAUUGCCAUAAUCCGAUCCCCAAUGCCACCGAAAUUGAAGAGUGGACCGGCAAAACCAACAACAAACCAUACUUUGACAAUGUCUUGAAGCUGUUGCACAAUCCUAAGAAGACUUGUUGGAAGAAUCCAGAGACAAGUCGCGCGCCCUACCUUCUCGGUUUAGUAAGCUCCAUGCCAGAACACUUCGAACUGCGUGCGGCGAUCCGGCAAACAUGGGCAGCACCAGACUACAUGGAGCAGACCAACUCAAAAACCCUCUUCAUCCUCGGAAAGUCACGUGGUAUGUCGGUUGCCACGCAACGAGCCGUGGACGAGGAGGCGCAUCUCAACCGCGACAUCAUCCAGGGUAAUUUCUUAGAAUCCUUCCACAAUCUGACUCUCAAGGUUAUCCUGGGUCUAAGAUGGGUGUCCAACAACUGUAAAAAAGCAGCGUUCAUCUACAAAGGCGACGACGACAUGUUGGUUAACUUUGAGCAAAUCACAGAACACCUUAGAUCGCUCCCCAGCAACCAAUCAGAACGGCUGUUCCUCGGUCACAUGAUGGGGCUCAGCCCCGUUGUCAGGGAGAAGUCCAAAUACCAAGUCAUCCGCUCUCAGUAUCCCUUCAGGUACUUCCUACCUUAUUUCUCCGGAGGUGGUUACAUCAUGUCUGCUGCUGCUGUUCGAGACAUGAACAAGAUGACUUUGACCACCAAACUCAUCCCCAUCGAUGAUGCUUAUGCUGGCAUCUUAGCAUUUCGCCCAGAGAAACCAAUCGAUCUCAGCGAUGCGUCCUCCACGAAGUUCAUCACAACAGGGAGUCGCAAAGAUGCCUGUUAUCUCAGAAAUGCUUUCAAUAUUCACGGAUUCAAGAAGACAUCGGUCAUGAAGGAAACAUGGAGGGACUUCAGAGAUCCGGACAAACAGUGCGAGGAGCCCAAACAGCGAAAAUCCGGUCGGAAACACAUUUAAUUUCUGAUAAUUAUGUGGAAAUCCUACCCUGAAUUCAUGUUAGUUCUGAACAUGAUUUUUUCUAUUUAUGAAGACGAGUAGGGAACAUUUUGUGAGAAAGAUGAUUUACUUCAAAGUUUUUCAUAACAUUUGCCACAUUCCAACUCUUCCAGCAUGUAAUUUUAAGCACCGAAUUCCAGAACGGUUGCAUUGGAGUAAUUAAUUUAAAUAUGUUCAGUCGUAUUAAUAAUUUUCCAAGCAUAAUUAUUCAAAUAAUUCCAAUGAAUGUUUUUAGCAGUUUCAGGGUACCUUUUUACGAAAAAGAACUUGAUUUAGAAUAUCGUUACUUAAUUGACGUUUCGCUUUUAUUUUCUAUUCGUUGUUAAACAUAAGCAAUUAUGAAGAUUAAAUUUAAGAACACUGAAUUUCAUGACUUCGAAGAAUAAAAUUUCGUUCAGUUACAAACUGUACGUUGUCAGACGUUACAGACAUAAGUU